AUGAACAGUAGCAGUUUAAAUGCUGGUGGAUUAGUAGAUACAACAACGACAAUACCCACAGCAGCAGCUACUUUAGAACAACAAAAUUCUUCAAUGUCUGCUUUAUUACAACAAACGCCCCCUCAACACCCUUCUCUUCAAAUGCUGCAGCAGCAGACACUGCCAUUUCAUCAUCAUUCUCCCUCUUCUCAUUUAUUCAUUCAGGGUGGCAACAACAAUAACAAUAAUACCACUACAAAUAUAUACAACGAAAAUAACAACAGAAAUGGCAUGUCAGGCGGAAAUGGGGGGACAACAACACUGCCAUAUACAAUGGAUAGUUUUGGUGGUCAGCAAAAUUACAAUAAUACUUUUGUUGAGGCAACAAAAAAUGCCCUCGCUGGAAUGAUGUAUCAGCAGCCACAAUAUGCGGGGAUUGUUGACUCCAAACAAGUCCAACCACCCAAUCCAAUUGUUGAAGAAGAUACUACUGCGGCAGCUUGUUCCUCCGAAGAUGGAGAUUUUCGGUCUGGGCGAAUACGAAAGCGUCGUUAUAGCAUGGCGCGGAUUCAACCGACUCGAAUCAAAAAAGUAAUGCAAAGUGAUGAAGAAAUUGGCAGAAUGGUUGCAAGUGUCCCCGUUGCAAUUGGAAGCGCAAUGGAAUUGUUUGCCGAGAAGUUGUUGCAAAGUGCGGCUGGAGCGUUACAACACAGCAGUACGAAGACGCUGUCGCCUGUUCACAUAAAGCAAGCAAUCCUUUGCACUCCACAUUUUGCAUUUCUUGAGCCAUUAUUACGAGAAGUUCCAUUGGGUACCAACAUCGCUGCUACUGGCCGAUCAGCUACAAUGAUGGCUGCAACACAACAACAAAUAGCUUCACAAAUGAUGGCACAACAAAUAAUGGCAGCACAUCAACAACAACAACAAUUUUAUCAGCAACAACAAGAAUCAUCUAAUACAACAACAAAUAUUACCUCAAAUAAUUAA